UAAACAUCCUCCAAGUAUAGGAACGACCUGUUUUUGGAGUAAAAUAAGUUUUACCCAAAGUUGGAAGACUUAUCUCGAGGAGGGUCUAAAGUUGAAGUUGUAGAACACGGGUUUUGUCUGACUGCGCUCGCGCGUAGGGUUUCGAUAAGUGGGAGGUUUUGGGUUAAAAAAAUACAUUUUCCUUCAAGAGGGGAUAGUCUCUGCAACACGCAGCGAUUUAGGUCGGUGCGUAAUCAUCCAAAACGUACUACGCAUUUCACUUUGUCGUUCAUAGUGCACCGGGACAGACUGUCCCCAUCUACUUCAUGUUAUCCUGUCUCUAUUGUUGAUAUUCAUACAUAUUACACACAUCGAAAUUAUGAAUACCACCCACUCAAUCUCACAAUUCAUCGAUAGUAACUGGUCGCCGUCAAGAAUGGUGGGCUACUAUCAGUCGGAGACAAUUCUGAAGCGGGAUGCAACGCCAAAGCCGGUGGCGAUUGUCGCCCAAAAAUUGGAACCAACAAAACCAGUCAAGAGUCUCGUGUGCAGCCCGGACCUGUCAGCAUUCACGUCACCUGCCGCUGAGCGCCUAGCGACCCUCAAUGACAAGCCCUAUCAGUGUAUGCUGUGUCAGAAGAUAUUCGACCAGAAAAACAUGUACCAGAGCCACCUGAGGUCCCACGGCAAAGAGGGCGAGGAUCCGUACAGGUGCGACAUUUGCAGCAAGACCUUCGCAGUGCCCGCGAGACUCACCAGGCACUUUCGCACUCACACCGGCGAAAAACCCUUCCAGUGCGAGUACUGCGACAAGGCCUUUUCCGUCAAGGAGAAUCUCAGCGUUCACAGGCGCAUCCACACCAAAGAGCGCCCCUACAAGUGCAACGUCUGCGACCGGGCGUUCGAGCACAGCGGCAAACUUCACAGGCACAUGCGAAUCCACACCGGCGAGCGUCCGCACAAAUGCUCCGUUUGCGAGAAAACCUUCAUUCAGAGCGGCCAACUCGUCAUCCACAUGCGCACACACACCGGCGAAAAACCCUACGUUUGCAAAUCGUGCGGCAAGGGGUUCACUUGCUCGAAACAACUCAAGGUGCACACAAGAACGCACACCGGCGAGAAGCCCUACAAGUGCGAGGUGUGCAACAAAUCGUUCGGAUACAAUCACGUGCUCAAGCUCCACCAGGUCAACCACUACGGAGCAAAGGUCUACAAGUGCACCCUCUGCAACGAGACCUUCACCAACAAGAAGAACAUGGAGGCCCACAUCAAAGUGCACUCGGACUCGGUCGUGAGUCCCCAGGAGUCGGCGGUCGAGCCGGCGAUCGAGAUCGCCCCCGCCAGUGUCAACAAGGAGAACAAGACUGAAGAGCCCUGCCACACCGCCUACCUGCAGCCGCGAGAAUUCCCGUACUACAUUUACCAGAGGGAUCAGUAUUCUCAACCUUCGCCGACUGCCGUGGGAGUGAACCCGGCUCUGCUCGCGGCUGCCGCGGCCGCCGCCGUCGAGGAGCGUUCCUUCCAGACGCCGGCCCCGCAAGAGCCCACCCAGGUCUUCCUCUACCCGGAACUGUCGCCGGCCUACUCGCCCUACUCGUCCUACGGCGGCCCCAGCGGCGACCUCACCGACAGCGACUGCUCGUCAAUACUCAACCUGCCAGGCAACGACGCCCGCCGCAGGGUGGAGGCCGCCCUCGAGGCCGUCGAGGAGCAGCGGCAGCGCGAGUGCGGCGCCAUCGGCGGCAUCGGCGUCGAGAAGCACCCCAUCCUCACGCCGCCGAGCAGCAACCCCGUCAGUCCGGCGCCGUCCCCCGAUCCCCUUGACCUCGUCAUCCCAGUGAAAGAGGCUCUCAGUCUCCCGCCUCGGAAGCGCUGCAAAAUGAUCCUCGAGUCCAUGGAGCACGAGCGCUCCGGCAUCAACGCCCAGAGACAGAACUCCGUCAUUCAGUUCGCUCGCGCCUCUUAGUCACACAUCUCGUCGAUCACUGCAAUUUUACUUCUUACUAUUCUAGGGCCAAGGAAAUAUUUAUUUCUUCUUAGCAUCAUUCUAUUCUUUUCUUUAAAGAUACCAUUAACGACUGUAUAGGAAAAUAAUUACGACUGUCGAGGGUCGUAAAAGAGGUUCGUGCCUAUAUAAUCUAGUAAUCAGUUAAAUUCAAAUUCUUUCUCAAGGAAACGUUUCACAAACAAAAACAAGCCGGUGCUCCUACAUCCGGUUUCGAUGAUUUCAUUCUACAUUAGCUUUAUAUAUUUAUUUCGUGGGUCGCUUUCGUGUAUUCGAAGCUCAAAAGCAAAAUUUAUUGAAAAAUAUUAAAUAUUCCAUUAUUUAAAAACAAAAUAAUCAAGUUGAGCGAGCGUAAUGCGAUCGUUAAAGACUAUAAAAAAAAGUACCAAACAAUUGAUAUCUCUGUGAUAAGAACUCCGUAAGUACUACCAGAGUACACGUAAAAAAUGUUUACAAUUCAAAUUACAAAAAUUUACAGAAAAAUAUUUUGCCAAGUUUCUUCAUUCAAACAAUAAAAUUUAGUCUCAUAAAAUUCAGUCUCACAAUUUAAUAUUGAAAUUUAAAAAAAAAGUAAAAUAGAAAUGCAAUUUAUAAAAUUAAAAUGUGUGAAUUUUACAAAAGCUGUACUAAAAAUGAAAAAAUAUUCAUAAAACAAGAAAAUUAAUGACUUGAAAAAAGUAAAGAAACUUGAAAAGUAAAUUGUUUGAAUUCGAUGAGGGAUUUUUUUUCUGUAAAUUUUUGUAUAAUUUUUUCGUGCAAAUGAAGGAGCUGAGCCCACUGCCAGUACAAGAGUGUCUAGUGUGCGCACGUACGUGUGUCAAAUUUUAUUCGCGCAUUUUUCUUUUUCAUCCAUAAAAAAAUUCGUGUCACUGAUAUUAGCGCGCGUUUGUGCACCUGCUAAACAUAUACAUAUUAUAACACAUAUAUCGACCUACUUUCAUAGUUUUAAUGUGUCAUUAUUGUAUAAAUCUUAUUUUAUUCGUAUUGAUUGAAAUUUUUAAAAAGCAACGCGGGAACCUUAGAAAGUGCGUUGCAAAAUCUUUUUCGGAAGUGCAUCUCAGGUUCUUGACAAGUCGAUAUGAACCAUAUGAACGAAGGGCUCUAAUCGUUGCAUUAUAUAGAGAGUAACAUUAUUUAUAUCUCUUAGUAUUUAUACUCUAAUUUUAAGGCGUACACGGCGGUGAGACAUUAUUCCUGUCCCCGCAAAACGCAUAGAACUGAUUACUUAUAAAGUUAUCACUUCACAAUGCGAUUUCAUUCGAUUUUUAAAUUCAUCUUUUAAUUUUUUUCUCUUGUCCACUUUUCUCAGCUGUGUUGAAAUUUAUACAAUUUCUCUCUUGUUUCAGGCAAAUUUUUUUAACAAAUUUUCUCAAUUGGAAAUAACUAUUUCUUUUCUAUUUAAAUUGUGAUUUAUUUACACAAGAAAAAUGUUUGUUAAUUUCAUGUAACUUGACGUACUUAACUAAUGAAAAGAUAUUUGAAAAUGCUCUAAAAGUGGAGAAAAAAAGAUUAAAUUCACAUAAAUCGAACAUUCGUACCCGGAAUACGUAUUUAUAAAUAUUAAGAAGUCAUUGUCUUGUCAAAGUAUAUUUGAUCGUUUUAUCGCUGUUAUUUGGCUUUCGGUAUAGUAUAUAAGGAACUAAAAUUUUAGGUGGUGGAUUUACAGAGCGUGAGUUUCGUGGCGUACUGUCAUUUACUAGCGUUAAAGUCACCAAAGUUGCAAGAGAUUCCUCUCCGCACUGUUUCCUAAUAAAUACUUUUUUUAACGAUCAAUUUUAAUAAUAUUAAAAUUUAUAUGCGCCAAGAAGCAAAGAUUCUGUAAUGGAAUCGAUUUUAAAACGAACUACACGCAGUGAUUAAUUUCUAGCAGUCAAGAAAGAAAAAAGUUUUCAUUGAAAUUUCCAAGCUUUUUAAAAUUACUUACUAGUAUAUUUAAAAUUUACAAAAAAAUUAUUUUUUUUUGUUUUUCAAAUAUUGUUUUGUUUCUAAAACAUAAUUAAAAAUAUUUUCUAUCAAGUUCAUAAAGAUAAAUUUGAUAAAAAUUUCAGAAUUAUUUAUUUAAAAAAAUAUCAAAUAUAAUUUGAUUAAUUUUAUUUGACUACAUAUUUUAGUCACUCUUCAUGAAAUGAAGAAUUUGUUUUGCUUUUGAAUCUUUAUUUAAAAUUUUUCAAAUUAAUAUUAAAAGAAAAAAUGUUUUUGAAUAAUUUUUAUUGGUUGGUACGAUGUUCGAAAUCCAUUUCAUGUAGGUAUUGUCUUAUGAAAUUUUUCGAAACGACCCAUUAUCUCAUCAAAUCAUUUACAUGAAUGAAUAUAGAGAAAAAUGUAAUUCUUAAAAAAGAAAAAUCAAGCGCCAAUAUGACACAAACCGCCUGCCAUUAAAUUUGUAUAUCGUAUUGUUAAAAAUAAAUAUUAUAAACAACCUCAGUGUGAGUGGUUAAGAAUUAAAGCAAAUGAGUAUGUAAAUAUUAUUUAUAAAUUAAAUAUCAGUGAAACGCAUGUUACUUGUAUGUCUUAAGUUUAUAUAAUCGAGUUUGAAAAAAUAGAAAAAGUACAACAGAAAUGUAACAGCUGGACAUUUAAAGUAUGUGUGAAUUGAAAAUUGAUUUAACCGCAAUAUCCAAAGUGGGAUUCGUCGUGACUGUGUGUUGUUAUUACAUUGUUUUUUUGUAUAUAGUCUCGAAAGCAUUAUAUUUAAAAUUAAGAGAGGUUGUCUGUUGGAAUGUACAAUGAUUUAUUUGGUAAAAAACUGAUGAUUUAUUAUUACUUUUCGUAUAUAAAGUGCACUAAUUGUGGCUUUCACAGUCACUUGUCCUACUAUCAAUAAACAUUCUCAGUUAAA